AUGAGCCCUAUAUUUUACUUCCUUCUUGCCUUAACGGCUUUUUUAGCCACGAGGGCUGACGCCGGGGGAGCAGUUCGCGACAGUGAUGGUGAUAUCAUAUCCGGUGGCAGUUACUACGUUAAAACCGUCUUCCUUAGUGAAGGUGGAGGCGGCCUGAGCCUAACCCCCAGUAGUGACAGCCCAUGUCCCCUCUAUAUCGGGCAGGAAUGGUCAAGGCUCGACUGGGGCAUUCCCGUAAAUUUCUCAAACUGGAAAUCUAGAGUUGGGUUCGUUCCCGAAUCAGAGAACCUCAACAUUGAAAUGGACGUCAAAGCUACGGUGUGCGUCAAGUCAACCUACUGGUGGCUCUCGGCGGACAAGGGCAGUAAGACGUGGCUAGAGGCUGGUCCGAAGCCAGAUAAGCCUGGACAAGAUUCGUAG